UUUUGUUGUUUUUUUAAUUAAUUUAUUAUUGGUAUCAAAAAGAAAAUAAUAAUAAUAAUAAAUUCUCACAAAUACUGAAUACCAGGGGCAGUGGCUUUUUCUCUUCCCUUGUCUCUCUCUCCAUCUCUCAAUUUACAGUUCAGGGUUUGGUUCUGGAUCGUUGAUUCGAUUGAUGAAGAGGGGGUUUCUGCCUUCUAGGGUUCCCUACUAAUGGAACUGUGUACCCAUUUCCUGGUAAUCAGUGGGGGUUUGCUUCGUUUGAUCGUUUUUGUGACUGUUGAGGGUGGAUUCAGAUCAUUCGAGCAGUGCCACGUAUAAAUUUGGCUUGAAAAAUUUAGUUGUCCUUUUUGGGUUUUGAUUUGGGGUUUAAUCUUGGAAAUUUUAUUUUAUCUUUUUUUUUUUCAUGAACAAUUGGGGUUUCCACUUCUGUUCUUGAUUGAAUGGAAUAAUAUGGAGCUUUGAAUUGUCUGAAAUAGGGGGAGAAAAUUGGAAUUUGAGUUUUGAGGCAACAGCCAUUUCUUUCGAUGGAAUUGGGAUUAAGAAGCAAGGAGGACAGUUUCUCUACUUUUUUCCAAUAGAAGGCUCUUCAGUGUAGUAGUUUUUGCAAGGAUUUUGCCUUGUAUUGAUAGUGAAAAUUAAGCGUUUGCUUGGUCAAGGUCAACUUUUUUUUUCUUUUGUGCUGGUGUGCUUGUAUAGUUAGUAAAUAUGGAAAAGGAGAUAGUACAUGUGGAAGGGACCAAUAAGUGUGUGGGUGAUGACGUUAACCCUGAAGACUCCUUUUGUCCUGAAAUGGAAAUUGAAGAGAAUGGGAGUCCUAAGAAUGAAAUUCAACGGUUGACUUCAGAAAAAGGUGAGGGAAGUAAUGUGGUUUUCUCAAGAGAAGGACCCCUUGUAAGUAAAGAGUCAAGAAGGAGUGGUGUCUAUCGUUGUGGUGCAAAGAAACUCAAGUCACAAGCAGUUGUAAUUGAGUCUGAGGUUGGCAAGAAAGGGAAUGUUGGCCAUGACAGGAAACUCACUAAACAAGACAGGAUGGAGUUAGGCCGGCUGUUUCAGGGUGCAGUUAGUUCACAUGAUUGGGAGCUUGCUGAGAGUUUGAUUCCGUUGGCAGAUACACAGGCCCUUAAUGAUGCUAUGUGCAUCACUUUGGACUCCAUCUGGUUUUUGAGCACGCAACAGGAGCUUCAUGGGAUAACUGGAUUGAUCAAGAAGAUCAUUGCCAAUGGUGCUUAUGACUUCACUAGAGCUGCUCUUAGGACUUCAUUUUUAGCAUCGUGUGUUUCUGCAUGCCAGAGCCGAACAAUGAGUCUUGCAGAUACCGUGACUGUGAUGGCUCAAAGGCUGCAUGAGCGUCUCCAGGAAUGCAAUGGGGAUGAGGUCUUGAAGGCAGAAGCUGGUGCCAAGGUUCAAAAGUUCACUGAAUGGGCUUUGAAAUGUAUCGGCUUCCAUUCUCGUUGUCAGGGGAAUAGGGAUAGAGUGAGUCAUAACUCAGCCAUUGAGAUUCAACUCCAAUUAUCUGCAUUCAAAACGUUUUUAGACCUUGCUGGCAAUCAACUCACAGGGAAGGAUUUCACAGAGGCCUUUGAUGCAGCUUGUUUUCCUCUUACUUUAUUCUCUAGUUCCUUUGAUCCUGGCUGGGCAUCUGGGAUAUCAGCCACUGCAGUCCAAGGAUUGUUGGGUAUGCUAGUUGAAGGUGGGGCGGACAAUGUUAACCAGUGUUUUCUUGAAGCCUCUCGUUUUGGAAGUACAGAACUUGUGCGCAUCUUAUUGCAGAUUGCCCAAAGGAACAGCUUGGAUGUUGAUGUUGAUCUGGCCCUUGGUUUUGCUUCUCAUUACUGCAAAAUUGGCACAAUGGAAUGUCUAGUGGAAGAGGGGAAUGCUAUAGCUUUUUUAGGCCCUUUUAUGAGAGCAGCAGAAAGGGGCUGUAUGCAGGUUGUCCAGUGGUUUGUGAACAGGGGUUGUCGUGACAUGGAACUCUGCCUUGCCCUUACAGCUGCCACUUCCAGUAGCCAAGUUGAUGUUGCUGCGUAUCUUCUGCCUCAUGUACCUCAGAAUGUUCUUGCAGCUCUCAGCAUUGAAAUUCUCAAGGCUGCUGGCGAGCGAAGUGGUGGGUCACUUGAUGGAGUGGCGUUUCUUCUUCGUUCUGAUUUUUUAGGUGAUCCUGUUGCUACUUAUGCUGUUGCAGACAGCAUUGCUAGGUCUGAUGAUGAGGCUGUUGCCCCUGAGCUGAGGGCUUUUCUUCAGGAGCAUUGGUCAGAGGCAGCUUUCUUGGAUGGAUCAAGGCAAGGUCAAGAACAUUAUAUGAAUCUAGUGAGGAUUUUGAAUUGGGGUGGAUCUCCCAUGUGCAUAAGGGAUCUGCCAGGCCCCCUCAGGGUGGCAAUUGCUUACUUGCCUUUGUAUCGGGAGUGUGUUGCAGCAGGUGGUCGGUUGUUUUCACAAAGGCUAAGAGGGCAGCUUGUUGAAGCCGUGAGAAGGCUAGGGGGUGGGUCCUUGGAAGGGGUGAGUCAAGGCAGAGAGCUCUUGUCUAUUUUGGAGCAUCACCUUCCUCCAUUUUUGGUUCACACCGACAGUGUUGGGUAGAAUGUUUCACGCUGCAGAUUUACAGUUUUACCCUUUGCACCUCAUAUGUGCUGUAGAAAAUAAAAUAUUUCAGCAGUGGUUAAGGUGAAAAGCUAAAGGUUUGCCAAUUUUCCUUCCAUAAUGUGGUUGGCUAAACUCCUAACAUAUCUCUGCAUUCUCUAUAGCAUAUAUAAUCUGUGUUAAUGUAUGCGCAUGUUGACCUGUAAUAUAUAAGACGCAGAGCAAGUAUUGUUACAAAGGGUUGUAUAGUGCGAAUGUAUAUUAGCCGAGUAUAAUCUUUUUGUUA